AUGGGAGAAAAAUGCCGCUGCUGCCUGACAGCUGGUUAUGAAAUGAGCAUGCCCUGCAACCCUACAGCCUGCAACUCCUACAGCCUGCAACCCCUACAGCCUGCAACCCCUACAGCCUACAACCCCUACAGCCUGCAACCCUACAGCCUGCAACUCCUACAGCCUGCAACCCCACAGCCUGCAACCCCACAGCCUGCAACCCCUCUACAGCCUGCAACCCCUACAGCCUGCAACCCUACAGCCUGCAACCCCUCUACAGCUUGCAACCCCUCUACAGCCUGCAACCCCUCUACAGCCUAUAACCCCUACAGCCUGCAACCCCUACAGCCUGCAAUUCCUACAGCCUGCAACCCCACAGCCUGCAACCCCACAGCCUGCAACCCCUCUACAGUCUGCAACCCCUACAGCCUGCAACCCUACAGUCUGCAACCCUACUGUCUGCAACCCCUACAGCCUGCAACUCCUACAGCCUGCAACCCCACAGCCUGCAACCCCACAGCCUGCAACUCUUCUACAGUCUGCAACCCCUACAGCCUGAAACCCUACAGCCUGAAACCCUACAGCCUGCAACCCCUACAGCCUGCAACCCCUACA